AUGCAUUCUACUCUUGCAAUUCUCCUCUUGCUGGUUGUGCCCAUCACCACACACUGGUGGUGCUCAGUGCCACCCACUACUGCUGCUUGUUGCCACCCACCGCUGCGGGUCAUUGCUGCCUGCUCGUGCUGCCCAUCACUGCCCAAUGCUGCUGCCUGUUGCCACCUGCUGCUGCCUCUCAUCACCACCUGGUACUGUCGCCAUUGUCCCCUUGCAGCAUGUGCAUAUCACCACCCACUGGUGGUGCCCAGUGUCACCCACUACUACUGCCUGUUGCUAAACACUGCUGCUGCCCAUUGCUGCCUUCCGCUGCUGCCCAUCACUGCCCACUGCUGCGGCCUGUUGCCACCAGCUGCUGCCUCUCAUCACCACCUGCUACUGUUGCCAUUCUGCCCUUGCUGCUUGUGCCCAUCACCACCCAUCGGUGGUGCCCAGUGCCACCAACUACUGCUGCCUGUGGUCACACACCGCUGCUGCCCAUUGCUGCCUGCUGCAGCUGGCCAUCACUGCACACUGCUGCUGCCAGUCGCCACUUGCUGA